ACGAAAAAUCUAGAAAAAUCGUGAAUAAUUCUCUCACGCUGGACCGCAGUGUUUAGUGCAUUAACUAAAUAGUCUUGUAGCAGAAAACACCGGAUAAAGUGUCUGUAACCUACUGCCUUACUGUGUGAUUACGGAUAUUUACCGUAACUUAAAACACAACUCAUCGAAGCGCCCACAGUUACUGCUGAUUCCCGUUUGCACGUCGAAUAGCGAAGGAUUACCGAAUAGAACAACCGGUGUAACCUCAAACAGUUUUACUGACUAAAGUACUUUGGUGAUUUCUGGCCAGUCUUAGUCUUCACCAGAAUCGAACACAAAAUCGUCCUCAAUAAGGACCACUCGGUCUAGCAGCGUUCUUCCGCCUCGAAGUACACAAAACCAAUAGAAAGAUGGCUAAAUGGGGCGAAGGCGACCCACGCUGGAUUGUGGAGGAGCGGCCCGACGCGACAAACGUCAACAAUUGGCACUGGACAGAGAAAAACGCCACACCGUGGUCGAAGGAUAAGCUAAAGGCGCUGCUGGACGGUUUCGUGAUUUCCGAGGCCGGCCUGGAAUGUACGGUAACAAAGAUCGACAAGCUCGACGGCGAGGCGACGGCCAACAACCGGAAAGGGAAGCUCAUAUUCUUCUACGAGUGGAACAUAGUGUUGCUGUGGACGGGCCGAUGCAACGACGAGGAGGUUACGGGCAAGGUGAGCAUCCCCAACCUUUCCGAGGAGAACGACGUGGACGAGGUGGAGCUGACGGUGUCGGUGGACAGCUCGAACCCAGCUUCGGAAAAACUGAAACUAUUCAUGUACAACAUUGGCCGGGAGAAGCUAAGGAAACAGCUGGACACGUACAUUCGCCAACUGAAGGCUGACUUUGCCAAGGGGCUGAUUCUCCCGAAAAAGGAUGAGCUGAACGGCGGCGAGACGGUUCCGGUGAAAAAGGACAAGGAAACGGUGUACGCGAGUGGGUUCAAUAAGAAGAAGGUCGAUCUCGAAACCGUCACCAGCGACACGACGAAGCCGAUCGGAGGCGUCAAGUUGGACGUGAAAACGCUGAAAACGACCGAAAAGUUCCAGUGCCGGGCAAACGAACUGUUCGAUGCCCUUACCCGGGAGGACAUGGUGACCGCGUUCACGCGAGGCUACGUAAAGCAGGAGCUGUUCAAGGGUGGAGACUUCGUUUACUUUGGUGGAAACAUAUCUGGGAAGUUCGAAGAUAUUGUACCAAACCAGAAGCUCGUACAGACCUGGCGAUAUAAGCAGUGGCCUUCGGGACAUUAUUCCACCGUUACGAUUGAACUGGACGAGAAGGAAGAUCACACGGAGCUUAAACUGACCCAAACCAUGAUUCCGGCGGCGGAGUACGAAAUGACCAGACAGAACUGGCAGCGCUACUACUGGGAUAGUAUUCGGUCAGCGUUCGGAUUCGGAAGUUUUCUCUACUAAAGAAAACCCGGGACGGUGCCGGCCCGCCUGCAAUUCUCUCACCAAGACGUUCUUUCCGAUCUGUCUCGCGGAAACUGGCGGACAGAUACAGUUUCUGCAGCCGCAUCACUGGAGGAGGGUAGUACUGGAGGUCGUAGCAGAUCGAUAGGUUCCCGUGCAAGCCAAUGUCCAACGGCAAAGUGUUCGCUGACGCCGAAGAAAUUCACGUCGCAAUAGCAGUAGAAUCGUUCUUAACCUUUACAUGCACACCAAACGGCGAUAGGGUUUUUGCAAGGUAGGCUCUAUUCUUCGUUCGACCUCAUCCACGAAUCGAAGAAAAUGGCUGCGGAGGUGGUUGAGGGAAGGUGUAAGUCCGUUCUUUCGGAAGCAUAACCAACGAUCAAUUCGGUGGCCGUUCCCAAAAGAGAGUAGUUAGCAUAGGAAAUGUAUUUGCAAAAACCUUUCCAAUAGUCAUAACCGAAAGAAAGUGAACGCCCCACGUUGAAGCACAUUUUUUUUCGGGCGUUCUUUUCGGAGAGUUGGUUCCGCAGCCGUUUACUCAUUGCUUUAAUUUAUGAAAACCACAUCGAUAUAAAACAAACUAAACCCAUACACCCAAACCAUUGUAUAUCAUGCUGACAUUUUGGCAAUACAAGCGCUUGAAAGUAAUCGUCCGGCUUAAGCCUGGGGUGCUUGGCAUUGUGAUGAAAACGAUUGGAAUAAGCUCAGUCUGCGGAGAGUUUUACUUUCGGUACAAUAAACGAAAAUUGAAUAGUUCUAACA